AUGGCCCACAUAUUUUUGAAGCGUUGGGGAUGUAAAGAAUGCGAUUUAUUUUUAAAAAAUAAAGGAAAGGUAUGUUAUCAUUUUAAUUUUUAUAAAAGUGUUCAUAGCAAUGUAGUGAGUAAUAUAAAUAAUGAGAAUGUUAGUAAUGAUAAUAAUAAGAAUGAUUAUAUUGAAAAUUUGAAUAGCUGUUUUGAUAAUAAUUCUGUUAAUAGUUGUAAUAAUAAUGAAAAUAGGAAAAAUAUGAUUUUAUAUAAAUCAUUUAGUUUGUUACAAAAUUGUAAUAUUAGAGAGACUAUAGAUAUUUUAAAUAUAUAUAUAAAAUUAAAAAAUGAGAACAUUGAAUUUUUAAAGAAUAUCUGUUUGAAUUUAUUAAUGAAUAAAGAAAAGAUAAGACAUAUGGAAAUAUUAAUAUUGUUAAAAAAGUUUUCUGUUAUAAAAUGUAAAGAUUAUUAUUUAUUUUGUUAUUUUAAAGAAAUAUUAAUUGAUAAUAUGCAUAUACUUAAUUUUGAAGAAUUAAUAGAUAUAUAUUUUUGUUAUACUAAUUUAAAUUAUUUCGAUUAUAAUUUUUUUUUUUUAAUUGAGAAAAGAAUAUUUCAUAAUUUCCAUAAAAUUGAUGUAAAAAGAUUAAUUAUGUUAAUACAAUGUUUUAAUAAGAAGAGAAUAAUAUCUAGAAAUUAUAUGACUAUAUUAUUAUAUAGUAUAUCAAAGAAUAUGAAUAAUAUGAAUAUAUUUCAGUUAUGUGUACUUUUUUCAUUUUUUAAAAAAUUCCAUAUAAAUAAUACUAUACUUAUUAGUACAUUAAUACAUAGAUUUAAUUGUCAGGUUACUAUAAAUGAAGCAUCUAAAUAUAUAUCUAUCUAUUAUAAUUUCUUAUCUUAUGUUAAAAGAAAAUGUAUCCAAAAUUAUAAAAUGCUAGAAGGAAACAAGGAAUUGUUGAAUAUGAUACAAAGUGCUAAUGAAAUAUUUAUUAAUAAAGAAGAUAUUGUUUAUGCAGAUGUAGUAAAAAAUUUAAAUAACAAAUUAAAUGAUGAUAAUGAUAGAAUGAAUAAUAUAUAUAAUAAUUCUGAUAACAAUGUAUUAUUAUAUUCUAAAGAAUUAAAACAAAUAGAAAAUAAAUAUUUAGCAGAAUCGUAUGAAUUAGAUAAAAUAAGGGAAAAGACAAAUUAUAUUAAAUAUAAUUCUUAUAAUAUGAAUAUGUUAUAUACAAUACAAAAUACAUUGAAAAAUAUUGAAAUGAUAACUAGAAAACAUAUAAAACAUAUGAAUGUUAUGUCAUUGUGUUUAUUAUCAUCUUCUUUAUCUCAUAUUAAUAAUAAUAAUAAUAAUAAUAAAUAUAUGUUAGAACAGAUUGCCGAAUCUCUUGGAAAGAAUUCAACAAAACUAUGUCCGUCAUUAGUAAGUUCUUUUUUAUUAUCAUAUAGUAAAUGUGGUCAUAAACAUGGUCCUUUAAUUUAUUAUUCUCUUGAAUUUUUUUAUAAAUAUUAUAAAUUUUUUGAUAUGAAUGAUAUUGGGUUGUUUUGUAAGGCAUUGCAUCUUUUUUGUAUAAAGGAAAAUGAAUUUAUAGAUAAACUCAAUGAUUAUAUGAUAAAUGAAAGAAAUACAAAUAAUAAUAUUAGUAAUAUGAUAUAUGAUAAUAAUUCUAAUGACAAUGACAGUGACCACAUGGUAUCUAUGCAAAAAUAUUAUAAGAAUGCUGAAGAUGGGGAUCAAAAUGUAGCAUGUGAUGAUAUAAAUAAUUUAUGUUAUCAUAUACAGAAAAAAUUAGACAAUGAUAUGAGUAAAUUAAAUUAUGAAGAAUCUAAUGAUUAUUCACAUAAAGAUAUAUUAAAUGAUAAAAAUAAAGAAAGAAAAAAAAUUAUUGAUAACAAAAAAAUCAUAAGUAAUUAUAAUAAAAUGAAAGAUCAUAACUAUGUUAAUUUUAGUUAUAUUGAUUAUGAAAAUAUAAAAAAAAAAAAUUAUUAUAAAAAUAAUUUAUAUAAUAUAAAUAAUAAUAAUGGAUCCAAAUAUAUAUAUAUAAAUAAUAUUGUAUAUAUAUUAGAAUAUUAUGCAUUUGUAUUAGUUAAUAAUAUAAAUAUAUUAAAAGAUAUAUGUAAUAUAUUUAUAAAGUCAGAACUAAAUUAUAUAUUAUAUUCAAGAAUAUUAUAUGCUUUUUAUAUCUUACAAUUUAAUGAUAAUAUUAUUUAUAAACUUAUAGAUAAAUUUACAUUGCAUCAACCAUUAUAUGAACUUAUGUAUAAAGAAAAACAUAUGUGUAAAAUUUUAGAGGCUCUAAAAUAUUAUUACGACAACAAAUGUGAAAAUAAAAGUCAAAAUCAAAAUGAAAUGGAUGGAAUUUAUUUUUAUGUAUUACCAAAGAAGACAUUUUCUUUUAUUUUUAAUUUUUCAAAGUAUUUCUUAACAUAUAUUUUUUUAAAAAAAAAUGAAAAAAUUCUCAAUUCCUAUAUAUAUCAUAUAAAAAGUCUCCCAUCUUAUAAUGAUCAGUGUAUAUAUCUCCACGUGUCUAGUAAUUUAUUUAAUAAAAGAUAUUAA